AAUUUCCUUAAGCUCCUGGACACUGGUGCUGCAGCUCAUUUCAAAAGUGAUAGCAGAAAGAACAACUUACUGGUGAGGGCUGCUGCAAGUACUUGCAUCUAAAAGAUUUGUCCUCCGGUUGUUAUAAUUCCAAAUUGAGCCCCUCAAAAAAUGGCAGGGCACACGUACGUCUUCCAUGUUAAGGAAUCCCUUUACUGCAAGAUCCCAAAGCGAUUUCAAAAUACAGCUCCUCUCUCAAGAGGAGUCUAGGAACCUAGUAUGGAUAAGAAGACCAGCUCAUAACUGGUUUUCCGUAAGCAUUACGAUAUGAAGACUUUGGUGUAAAUGACAUACCUGCUUUAGGAUUGGCAGGGCCGUGAUUAGAAAACUCACUUUAUUUGUGGUCAAUCUAGGAAGUCUUCCUUAGAGCAGGACCUUGAAAUAAGUUGAAUCUGAUAAGUCAGACCAGGCAGUCUGGGGGGAGGCAGGCAGGCAGUGAUGUCCAAAUUUCUGAAUAUGCAGAAUUAGACCAGUGUAUAGGUGUAGGUAAAGCUUUCUUAACAGCAGUUUUUGCUUGCUUGCUCGUAGGGGUGAGAGGUUGCCAGCUCAUUCUUAAUUUCCUGGAUUUCUCUUUUGUAAAAGUGAAAAAGACCAGCAGUGCCUGAAGGAAGAAACAGUGACAGACCUGGAGACUGCAGUUCUUUAUCCCUCACACAGCUGUCUCACCAUGCCUGGGUCACUUCCUUUGAAUGCAGAAGCCUGCUGGCCAAAAGAUGUGGGAAUUGUUGCCGUAGAGAUCUAUUUUCCUUCUCAAUACGUUGAUCAAGCAGAGUUGGAAAAAUACGAUGGUGUAGAUGCUGGAAAGUAUACCAUUGGCUUGGGCCAGGCCAAGAUGGGCUUUUGCACAGAUAGAGAAGAUAUCAACUCUCUUUGCUUGACUGUGGUUCAGAAUCUUAUGACGAGAAAUAGCCUGUCCUAUGAUUGCAUUGGACGACUAGAAGUUGGAACAGAGACAAUCAUCGACAAAUCAAAGUCAGUGAAGACUAAUUUGAUGCAGCUGUUUGAGGAGUCUGGGAAUACAGAUAUAGAAGGAAUAGAUACAACUAAUGCAUGCUACGGAGGCACAGCUGCUGUCUUCAAUGCUGUUAACUGGAUUGAGUCCAGCUCCUGGGAUGGACGGUAUGCCCUGGUAGUUGCUGGAGAUAUUGCUGUAUAUGCCACAGGAAAUGCUAGACCAACAGGUGGAGUUGGAGCUGUUGCUAUGCUAAUUGGGCCAAAUGCUCCUUUAAUUUUUGAGCGAGGGCUUCGUGGGACCCAUAUGCAGCAUGCCUAUGACUUUUACAAGCCUGAUAUGCUCUCUGAGUAUCCUAUAGUGGAUGGAAAACUCUCCAUACAGUGCUACCUCAGUGCAUUAGACCGCUGCUAUUCCGUCUACCGCAAAAAGAUCCGUGCCCAGUGGCAGAAAGAGGGAAAUGAUAGAGAUUUUACUUUGAAUGACUUCGGCUUCGUGAUCUUUCACUCACCAUAUUGUAAACUGGUUCAGAAAUCUCUAGCUCGGAUGUUGCUAAGCGACUUUCUUAAUGACCAGAACAGAGAUAAAAAUAGUAUCUACAGUGGCCUGGAAGCCUUUGGGGAUGUUAAAUUAGAAGAUACCUACUUUGAUAGAGAUGUGGAAAAGGCAUUUAUGAAGGCUAGUUCCGAACUCUUUAAUCAGAAAACAAAGGCAUCUUUGCUUGUAUCAAAUCAAAAUGGAAAUAUGUACACAUCUUCAGUAUAUGGUUCCCUUGCUUCUGUUCUAGCACAGUAUUCACCUCAGCAGUUGGUAGGAAAGAGGAUUGGCAUCUUCUCUUACGGUUCUGGUUUGGCUGCCACCUUGUACUCCCUUAAAGUUACACAAGAUGCUACACCAGGGUCUGCUCUUGAUAAAAUAACAGCAAGUUUAUGUGACCUUAAAUCAAGGCUUGACUCAAGAACUUGUGUGGCACCAGAUGUCUUCGCUGAAAAUAUGAAGCUCAGAGAGGACACUCAUCAUUUGGGCAACUAUAUUCCCCAGGGUUCAAUCGAUUCACUGUUUGAAGGAACAUGGUACCUGGUUAGAGUGGAUGAAAAGCACCGAAGAACUUAUGCUCGGCGCCCCUCUCCAAAUGAUGACUCUUUGGGGGAAGGAGUAGGACUUGUGCAUUCAAACACAGCAACUGAGCAUAUUCCAAGUCCUGCUAAGAAAGUGCCAAGACUCCCUGCAACAGCAGCAGAACCGGAAGCAGCUGUCAUUAGUAACGGGGAGCAUUAAGAUACUUUUGUGAGGUGCAAGACUUCAGUGUGGGUUGGGGUGGAUGGGCUAUGGGAAUGGUUGGGGGAAUGGGAUGUCUGGGGACAAUUUUAAAGGAUUACAUGUUGCCUCAAUUUUUGUGUAACUGACAUGGAGCCUGGAAAACUUGCGUUCUUUGUAAAGUCUUAGCUAAGAUGUUUCCUGUUGUGGUUUAGCUGAUGCUAAAUGUACCCAAAUGACGAGAAGGGCUCUGUAAAACUUCAUACCUCUCUGGCUAUUUGUAUGCAUGAAGGUUAGCUUUUAAAUGUGGUGUAAUGAAUCGUGUGCUUCUGGUAAAAGAAAACAGAGGUACUAGUCUCCACUUUAAUUUUUUUUUUUUUUAAACACGUAAGAAUUUUGUAAUACUUUGAACAAAUAAGAUUACUGAAAAUGUUUGUAGCUUGGGGAAUGUGGUCGUUAAAUGUGAUAUGCACAAACCCUGUUUGAAAUGUGCUCUUUUUCUAAAAUUUAUAAAUCUUAAGGGGAGAGGGAAGAGUUAGGACAGUAGCACUCGUUCUGGAAACUGGAAUGUUGGUUGGUUUAAAUCCAGCCCAGCAGUGACUGACUGUUAUUGUAAUGACUUCGAUGAACAAAGAGAUGCUAGCACUGAGAGACUGCUGGUAUUGACAAGAUGGUACAUUUGGAAGUUCUAAGUCAGCUCCCAAAUCAAAUUCAAAGUAGCCUAUGCUAAACAACAUUGAGAUGUUAUUGGAGCUACGUAUGAGAAGGUUUGUUCCUGCAAUCCUUCUUUGUACCUUAUUUUGAAGGACAAAUGACUCCUUUCUCUGUCUGCCUUUUUUCAUUUAAAGCAAAAAGGUACAGGAUAGGGGCAGGGCGUUAUUAGGUUAGUUCUGAUACUUCAAUGUUAUAAAAUCACCUUAAAGACAACCUAAAUUCAUGAUGUAAGUGUUCUUUUUUCUUUUUGUUUGUAUCUGUCCAAUGAAAAUAAGAAAUUACAACUCAAAUUUUUAUAUACUCUGCCUAGCCAAAAAGAGUAUUCCACUUCAGGGUCUAGAAGUAGAAUUUAUAAAGCAUUUUCUCAGACUUUCACCUUAAAAAACAAAAACAAAAACUAUCACAUGGGGUGGAUAAGAACGCUGGUUAGACAGUUAUGUAGAUCUUUUUGGUGCUGAACUUGACAUGAGCCUUAGAUUGUAAAAUAGAGGUAGUUGGAACUAAUGUACAGAACUAAAUUUUUUAAACUUUAUUUGCUGUAAAAUUCUGUGAAGUUUCAGUUACCUAAAAUAACUUACACAAAUAUGAAAUGUAAUGUUUCAAAUUGCAAGGUAAUGUGUAUUGUAGUGUUUGUAAAAUAUCCUUGUCUAAUAAUAACUAGUAGUAUUGUGAUUUGUACAGUCAUAAUUUGUUAAAAUGACUUCAUUUUAACAUCCACUGAUGUAGGUUAAUAAUGUAAGUUCAGAUUUAAAGAUAAUGGGAAGCGGUGCAUGUAAUACUUACGCAAGUAUUGGGAGUUUGGUAUGUUUUGAAAAAAAGUAUUUUAACUUUCGGGGGCCAGGAAAUGGGUUUUCUCAAAGUCCAUUGCCGGCAAUGGGCAGGCCUAGUAAUGCUUGGCACAGAGCAUUAACUGCACACCUUAUUAACAGAGAGGUGAAUAACUUUGAAAUAAAGUUUUAGAGAAAUAUUUCAGA